UUGGUCUCGCACUUGUCAACAUGCAUGGAGACCGAACAGCCACUUCAUACGCUGGAACAAUCGGCUACAUAGCUCCUGAGAUGCUGGCUAGGAAGGAGUAUAACGCCGGAGUAGACUGGUAUUCUUUCGGUGUCAUCUUGAAAGAAAUGGUUACCAGUGAUUGUGCGUACCAUCAGACAAUCGAUGAUGCAUCCUCCGGCAUUAAGAACAUCAUUAGAAAGCUCCUUCGGAAAGAUCCUGCCAGACGCUUAGGAGUGAAUGGUAACAUCAGAAAGCACCGAUUCUUUCAGCGUAUGGACUGGGUCUCUGUGGAAGCCCUAGAGUUGCCUCCACCAUACACACCUGAGCCAACUGAACCUCAUCAUCGUCCUAAACCAUUCCAUCUGGACAAACUGGAGGCAGCAGAGGUCAGAACACCUAUUUCAGCAGCGGACCAGGCCUUGUUCGAGGGAUUUUCUUUUUGUCAACUUGGAAACCCUUGAUGAAACACCAGCUCCAUAGUCAUCAGAGCAAGCUGCCCCCUGAGCCUCUGGAAGAGGAAGAUCAAGUGAAGAGAAGAAGACUGGACACCACUGCAGUGAUCUACAAGCAAGUCCUGCAGGAAUGAAGAGGAGGAGAAUGAAGCACCUUGCUGCGUCUGGCCCCACAUUCCAGAAGAAAGAAGAACAAAG